GGAAAGCACCAUUAUCAUGGCUGGGAAGAUUCGAGCCGUCGGCUAGCCAGGCAUUCAUGUCGUGUGGUUUUACCAACCCAUCUGCAGGUUGAGGAGAGCUGUCAGAAAUUAUGGCACACAGCAGGCUGGACGGUCAACAUGCGAUCGACACAAAUCGAUGCACAAGGCCCAUGAUCCCGAUAGGAACCAAAGAGCAAACUCGGAAUGGAUGGAAUGCAAUUAGGGGAUGGGAUAUUAACGCGUCGACUUAUGGGGCGGCACUAGGUCGCGCUCGGAGUCUGCGACACGAGCGAGGUGAGGCAAACAACGAGCGCACCCAGGCAGCGCGACGACAAGGCGGGGGGGAGGUCUGAGAAAAGCAUCCAGGGACAAAUCCAGACGAGGGAAGUAGGUGCAGCAUGGUCAAGGGACAAAU